CCCCAAUGGACAGUUACAAUUUUCUGCCACAUCUAGUCAUCCGUUACUAUACAGAUUACCCAGCUUUUCAAUUAUCCUCUUACGCUCCUUUCAGACAGUGCUUUGACAGGACAAAGAAGGUAAACAACAAGCAGACAAGAUGAAAUCCACGGUUGCUACUAUUGCCGUCUCCGCACUUUUGCUCGGUUCUCAAGUGGCAGUUGCCAAUCCCAUCCAGAAGCGGGAUAUUCCUUCCUCGUUCUACUCGAAUAUGGCAAUCGAUGGCUCCAUCUACUCUUUCGCCGACGAUGCCAGCUGUAACGAAAUAUUUUACACCGCUGGAAGCUUCGCCAUGGCAUCCGCUGUCAUGAGCCAGUUUGGUGCUUCUCAGAACAAUGAACUCUGCGGCAAGACGAUCGAAAUUACAGGAGCAAAUGGUGUUGUCCAGCAGGCUGCUAUUGCUGACACUGCCGGUGCGGACAUCAUUGACAUGUGCCUGAACUUGUGGGAGGAUUUCGGCGGCCAAGAUGGUGACGGCACCAUUAUGACAGGCGCCAACGGAAUUCAAUGGCGCCUUGUCUAG